GUUGAGUUAUCCUUUUACACUGGUGGCCAUUAAGCAAAUGAAAUGAAAAUCAUGCUCACUCACUAACUGUCUGUGUAUGUGUCUUCUUCUCUCUCCGCAGGGUCGGACAUGGCCAUCUUCUGCCUGCUUUGUGGGAAGCGUUUCCAGACCCAGACGGCAUUGCAGCAGCACAUGGAAGUCCACGCCGGCGUCCGCAGCUAUAUUUGUAGUGAAUGCAACCGGACUUUCCCCAGCCAUACUGCACUCAAACGUCACCUACGCUCACACACAGCAGGGGACCACCCAUUCGAGUGUGAGUUUUGCGGGAGCUGCUUCCGAGAUGAGAGCACGCUGAAGGGCCACAAACGCAUCCACACCGGGGAGAAGCCCUAUGAAUGUAACGGCUGUGGGAAGAAGUUCAGCCUCAAGCACCAGCUGGAGACCCACUACCGUGUGCACACAGGUGAGAAGCCAUUCGAGUGCAAGCUGUGCCACCAGCGAUCCAGGGACUACUCGGCCAUGAUCAAGCACCUGCGCACCCACAACGGCGCCUCGCCCUACCAAUGCACCAUCUGCCUGGAGUACUGCCCCAGCCUGUCAGCCAUGCAGAAGCACAUGAAAGGCCACAAGCCGGAAGACAUCCCCCCAGACUGGCGCAUAGAGAAGACCUACCUGUACCUGUGCUAUGUCUGAGACCGGAAG